GUCCUCUGUGUUCCCAGCACAAGGCUGGCACUCUGCUCUCUGUGAGCACACUUCUUUUCAAACAGUCUCUCAGGAGCCUGGGAAAAAGACCUGAACACUGCCUAAAUCUGCUGCGCCUUUAGAAGCUUUUUGUCUUCCAUCGACUGUUUUGGUUUUUGGUGGAAGAAUAAAGUAACCAGAAUAAGACCGUCUUCAAGUUCCAAAGCUGCAUUUCUCCCAAGAUGGCACCUGUAAAAUUUUGGGUGGUAGGUCUCCUGCUUGUGAUGCUGUGCUCAUCCCAGGUCCCUUUCUCUGCUAUUGUAAGUGCCCAAGACUUGAACGAACUGGAGGAAAGCCUCCAUGAUAGAAAUGCUAAGGAGGCUGAGGCUGAAGAAAGUGAAACGGCUGAGGUUGGUAAAGGGAAUGAAGAAAAAGAUGAAGACUCAGAUGAUGAUGAGGUAGAGACUGAUGAAAAGGUGGAAGAAGAACAGGAGGAUGAGAAGGAGACAGCAGAGGAGGAAGAUGACAAUGCUGAUAAUGAGGAAGAAGAUGAUUCUGAGGAGAACGGGGAUGUUGAAAAGGAAGAAGAAGGUGAGGGUUCAGAUGAGGAUGAUGCAGAAGAGGAAGAAUCUGAAGAAGAAUAUGCAGCAGAGGAGGAUGAAGAGGAAGAGGUGGAGGCAGAUGCAGAUGAGGAGGAGGAAGUCCCAGCUAAUAAUGAGGAAGACGACAAGAAGGAAGCAAGGCAAGAGGGUAAUGAUGAAAAAACUCAAGGAGAGGAUGUAGAUGAGGAAGAGGCUGACAGUGCUGAAGAGGAUACACAUGAGGAUGACUCUGAAGAUGAAGAUGAUGAGGCUGAAGGUAAAGACACAAAGGACAACCAAGGUGACUCAGAUGAAGAGGAGGGAGUUACUGACACUCCACAGUUCCACUCUGGAUCUUUGUGUAGUGUUUGCUCCAUUUGUGAGCAUUGCUCUAAUUACUGUGCCAAGUGCCCGUGUGAGGAAGGAGAUGAGUCAGAUCACUGCGAGCACUGCCAAGGUUGUUCAACUUGCUACAUUUGUCCCAUUCUUUGUGAAACAGUUUGCACACCGGGUGGUCUUGUUGAUGAGCUGACUGGAUCCCUCUUUCAGACUGUUGCCUCUCUGCUCUGAGCUCCUUGGGAAUUAUGUCCAUUUGCUUUAAUGUGAAACUGCUCACCAGACUUCACCACAUCCCACACAAACUUUCUAUGAAUUUUGCAAACAAAAGCAAAGACAUAUUUAUGUUUUAAAUGAUACUUAAAACUCUCCCGUAAGAGAUGAUUUCUUCUUUUCACUCUUUCUCCCCUUUUUUGUCUUUUCAUUAUUUCUACCAAAGUCCCAAAAUUUGAUAAAGUAAUAUUUUUACUUAUGUCAAAGACAUUAUGUGAUUGUAAGGUUUUGGAGUUUUUCUAACUGUAGGUUUAGGAAUUUGGGGAAUUAUUCUUUUUUUAUUGCGAGAAAGGGCACAAUUUGACAUUUAGCUUCACAAUUACAUAUCAAAUUGAAAAACAAAAAUAACUAUUCUGGUUUCAGAGAUCCAGCUGGAUCUAGAGACACAGUUUGUGCAUGGUGUUAAUGGAACGCACACACAGACACACACAUAUGCAGGCAUGCACACAGACAUAUAGGAGCUUGUCAUGAAUCAUGCAGACAAAAAAGAUAUAUAAAAUAUAUACAUUACCAGUCAAACGUUUGGACACACCUUCUCAUUUAAUGGCUUUUCUUUAUAUUCAUGACUAUUUACAUUGUAGAUUGUCACUGAAGGCAUCAAAACUAUAAAUGAACACAUGGAAUCAUGUAGUAAAUCAAAAAAAAUGAAAUAACUCAAAACAUGUUUUAUGUUUUAGGUUCUUCAAAACAGCCAUGAUUUGCUUUGAUUACUGCUUUGCAUAUUUCUGGCAUUCUCUCGAUGAGCUUCAUGAAGUCGUCACCUGAAAUGGUUUUCCAACAGUCUUGAAGGAGUUCCCAGAGAUGCUGAGCACUUGCUGGCCCUUUUGCCUUCACUCCCAUGGACUGAAGGCAAAAUCACACAAAGAUAUGGAGGGUGGGACCAAAGAGCUUAAAUUUGGACUCAUCAGACCGAAGCACAGAUUUCAACUGUCCAUUUCUUGUGUUUUUUGGCCCAAACCUUUUCUGCUUGUUGCUUUUCCUUAGUAGUGAUUUCUCAGCAGCUGUUUGAUUCGUGCAGUCUCCUCUAAACAGUUGAUGUAGAGAUGUGUCUGCUACUGGAACUCUGUGUGGCAUUUAUCUGGGCUCUAAUCUGAGGUGGUGUUAACUUUCAAUUUCUGAGGCUGGUGGCUCAGAUGACUGUAUCCUCAGCAGCAGGGGACUCUUGGUCUUCCUUUCAUGGGCCGUUUCUCAUGUGAGACAAUUUCAUCGUAGCAUUUGAUUGAUUUUACAACUGCACUUGGGGAUACAUUCAAAGUUUUCUUGACUGACUGACCUUCUUAAAGUAAUGAUGGACUGUCGUUUGUCUUUACUUAGAUGAUUGGUUCUUGCCAUAAUUUGAAUUCUAACAGUUGUCCAGUAGAGCUGUCAGCUGUGUACCAACCUGACUCCUGCACAACACAACUGAUGGUCCCAAUCUCAUCAAGAAGGCAAGAAUUUCCCCAAAUGAAGCCUGACAAGGCACAGCUGUGAAGUGAAACCAUUCCUGGUGACUACAUCAUGAAGCUGAUUAAGAGAAUGCCAAGGCUUUGCAGCGCUGUCAACAAAGCAAAGGGUGGCUACUUUCAGGAAUCUAAAAUAAAGGCAUAUUUAGAGUUGUAUUUUUUUUUCUUUGCUACAUAAUUCCAUAUAUCAUGCUUUAUAUACUUGAUAGGAAUAUGUGUGACUGCACUAGAGGAAAAAAGGACCAUGAACAUUAUGACAAUUUGCAAUUUCUCAUGUUGUGUCCUUUUUGACUUCUUGUGCUUGCAUCCCGUUAGAGUACAAUUUAAUGCAAAACACUGUACAAACUGUUUUGCCAUUAUCCAAUAAAAAAUUUAGUUCUUUUAAUAAAAAUGUGUUUAGCAUAGUUGCUUUUUGCAUCAUAUGCAUCCUUUAGCUUCUGCGAUUUAACUGUUACAGUCUUUAAAUGGUUCACAAUAAAUUGGGUUCAGAAACCGAAGUUGUGGGUUAAAGAUUUUGUAAACAAUAAAACCCGGAAGCCAGUAAGGCACCGGUGCAAAUGUCAGAUGUCAUGACUUAUAUUUCUCUAUAGGUAAUUCAGGCACUUAGUCUUACAUAACACACAUAAAGGUGUAAAAAACAGAUUACCAAAAAGGAAAAAAUGGUCCAAAUCAAAGGCCAAACUUGAUACCAACAAUUUAAAAAUCUUUUUCAACAAGUAAACAUGCAAAUCUGUCAAUCAAACAGGGACCCUGUGAUCCAUGUCUUUUUUGUUAGCGGUUUGUUGUCUUUAAGAUCAAACCAAAACAACUGUGCUUGUUUUGUCGACAUACUGCCACAGACUAAGAGGCAGUACUCAUUGUGACAAAUGAACCAAAGUAAACAGGAAAAAUUGAUCUACUGUACUCAGAAGUAAACAUCAGAUGAUUAAAUAAUAUAAUGUAUUUUUUUUGUAAAUUAGUAAGAUCAGGUGCAAUCUUUCUGUGCUUCCCAACUAAAAAAUCUUUGUUCAUUUGUCAGUGAUUUGGCAAAGAAAAUAAGAAAAAUAAAGACCAACAAAUUGUAAAAAUGAUAAACAUUGUCAUGUCAAGAUCAAGUCUUUCACUGAUCCGCACAGUCAUAUGUCUUAAUAAACAAUCAUUUUCAUUUGACUGUCAGUUUACUCCAUACCUCGCCAUCAUCUUUAAUGUUUUGGAAAAAGGUGUUGUGUGUUUGCUGGAUUUCUGUUCCGCAUAAACACAAAGAGAACUGGGCCUAAUGAAGCAUAGUGAUGAAUGUGUGAGGACAUGAAGGGCAGAAAACCUUUUUGUGUAGAUUCACUUACCAAAGUGAUGCGUGUAUAAACACAAGACUGGUUGACAUUAAACAUUACCAGGUAACAGACAUGCCGCCCGUGUGAUAACAAAUUGUAAAUCUCUGUACCUCUACCUAUCAAUAUUUUCUAAUAAAUUGAUAUAUGAAUGGAA